UGAUAAAUAGCCGAACUCCGCACCCACGCGUCUGCAGCUGGCAGCCUGGCACGCUGUGGCAAGCUCGAGAGCACAAGACAGACAGUGUCUUCGAUCAACCAUAGCAGCUAUCAAGCUAGCAGUCCGCUAUACUCUGCUCAUUCAUCUGACAUAUUCAUCACGAUGCGGGUCAAUCAACUCGACUCACAGCUGCUCGAUCAAGAGCUAUUCUCCUUGCUAGCACUCAAUGUCGAAUCUGCCACAAGCUUAUUCCCAUCAAAGGAUCGCUAUAAUACAGUCUUCAAGACCGCUCUACGGGCUCUUAUAUGGAAAAUUGGGAUCUGGGACCAUGGAGCCACAUACGGCUCCGAAAUGCAAUCCUUGCGCUACCUGAACCUGACUCGAAACAAAAAGCUUGUCCUCGGUGCAAUCACCAUCUUUGGCCCAUGGCUUCAGGAAAGGAUUGGAGGAGAGCUGAAUGGCCGCUGGCGUAAGAUUGUCUCGCAACUUGAAGCUGCGUAUGAGCUGUGCGCAUUGCUCAACUUUGUCUCCUACAUCGCUGGUGCGCGGUAUGACUCGCUCCUCCAUCGCAUCCUAAAAGUGCAGCUCAAGCCCAAGUCGGCCGCAUACAGGGCCGUUUCAUUUGAGUUUCUCAAUCGUCAGCUUGUCUGGUCUCAAUUCACAGAAUUCCUGCUCGUCUUUCUGCCGCUCAUCAACUUGCCUCGCUUGAAGCAAAAGCUGACAAGCUACCUACCACGCACAGAAAGUCAAUCUUUGAGCUUCUUGCCGCAAAAAGUAUGCGCCAUCUGUUACAAUGAAGGGCUUGAGGAUGCCGACGUCGUCAACCCCUACCAGGCGGAUUGUGGUGACAUUUACUGCUACGGCUGUAUCAUGAGUCAGUUGCGCUUAUCUGAGGGAGAAGGGUGGCCGUGCUUACGAUGUGCUAGUAUAAUCAAGACUGCUGGACCUUGGGCAGAGCUGCCUGGCUCUGGUCCUGUGCUCUCACAAAUUGAUGAAAAGGCAGACGAAGACGCGGCGAGUAUCCCUGACAGCGAGGAGGGAUUAGACGACGAAGAGGGUAAUGUGAGUGAAAACAGCCUUGAGAUCGAUGAAGACGAAUCCGACUCAAACGAAAUUGAUGCCACCGAAACAGAAAGCUACACGUCUUCAGCCUCAUCGAAGUCUCCAUGAACGGGAUGACCCCUGAUGGAGACGGUGGUAUUCCGCGUGGAACACAGGCAGCAACAUCAUCAAAUUCCUCCCUGGCUGGAUGAAAUUGCUGCAACUUCAGCAUGCAAGGCCUGGAUGUUCGACCACGCCGUUCUUGCCAAGAAAGUCUGCCGGGCCGUUCUCGUUGACUUAAGGCUAUUCGCCCGCCUGUGACGACAAUCCCCUCUUUACACCCUCUGACUUGCCCCAUGUCCGGCCUAUUUCUCAGCCGCGAAACGACCGAACUCUACGAUUCACGGAUAGACAGCGUCGG